CAAAACGUGUGAAAAGAAACCGAAGGCGGCCUAGGGUUGAGAGGGCAGGUGGGGUUAGAGGUUCGGAGGAGGGGAGUGCUACGGGAAGAGCUCGGGUCCCUCGGCCCCUUCUCUUGUUCUUUUCUCCUUAGGGUUCGGUAGCAGCGGGGACAGCCCGGGGCCCCGUGUAUGGCCACGGAGUUACAGUGUCCAGACCCCCUUCCUUGUCAAAACCAGCAAGUAACCGCUGCCUCAACCCCAAACCCCGAGCCGCUGCGACCUGACGACCCAACCUCGGACCAUGCCGGCGGAAACAGUGCCUCCGUGGCCAAGCUGACUCUCCUCAAGGGGGACGCUCAGCCUAGUGUGCCCGCCGAGGGGGACACUCAGCCUAGCAUGCCCGCCGAGGGGGACCCUCAGGCCUGCGGGGCCACCCUCAACUCUGAGAGUAGCAGUGGCACCGGUGACGGUGGUAACUCGGACGCAGUCGUCGGCGACUCCCUCCUGGGGGACUGUGAACUCUCUUGGCAGAUUGGGCCGCAGCUUAAGCUGCUGCCUAUGAAUGAUCAGAUUCGGGAGCUGCAGACCAUCAUCCGCGACAAGACAGCCAGUAGAGGGGACUUCAUGUUUUCUGCGGAUCGUUUGAUCAGACUUGUUGUGGAAGAGGGACUGAAUCAGCUGCCAUAUAAAGAGUGCACGGUGACCACUCCAACAGGGUACAAGUAUGAAGGAGUGAAAUUUGAGAAGGGAAAUUGUGGGGUCAGCAUAAUGAGAAGCGGUGAAGCAAUGGAGCAAGGUUUACGAGACUGCUGUCGAUCCAUCCGAAUUGGAAAGAUCCUGAUUCAGAGUGAUGAGGAGACACAAAGAGCCAAAGUAUACUAUGCCAAGUUCCCCCCAGACAUUUACCGGAGAAAAGUCCUUCUGAUGUAUCCAAUUCUCAGCACGGGAAAUACUGUGAUUGAAGCAGUGAAGGUUCUUAUAGAACAUGGAGUUCAACCCAAUGUCAUCAUCCUGCUCAGUCUGUUCUCCACUCCUCAUGGUGAGUUCAGCAUGAGAAAGUAACUAGGCCUCCAAAGUGCUGCUCAGGAGGUGGGUGCCAAAUCAAUCAUCCAAGAGUUUCCAGAGAUCACAAUUUUAACUACUGAAGUUCAUCCUGUUGCACCUACACAUUUUGGACAGAAAUAUUUUGGGACAGACUAAGUUAUUGGAGGAAAAUAGAUAUUAUUGUGCAUCAUUACAGUUAUGUUUUUGAAUUUCUACUUGUUUAAAUUCACUGGAGAAAUGGCAGAGACAACAUAUUAAGGAUGCGUUUUAAUUUUUGAUGCAGGUAUAGUAAAAAGAAAUAUUUGAGGUUUAUUUAUUUUGUUUGGUAAUUUCUUGACUACUGACACCAAAUUCAACAUUGAAGCCCUCAGAACUCUUACAUAAGAUAGAAAUUUUCAUAAUUUGCUAAUGCAAAUUGCUGAACCCUCAGUGCAUUAUUAUUAUCCUAAUGAACCUCUUAGUUUAGAGGUUGCUUGUAACCACAAAGCAAACCUAAACAAAAGUCACAGCUUUGGCCCAGUAUUGUUUGCGUUUUAUUUAGCUUGCUCUUAGCUCUAGUGAGGUUUCAUGUAUGUGACUGUUGCCACCUUCCUCUGUGCUUUACUUCCUGGUACUAUACAUGCUGGUAACUUGGAGAAGAGAAAAAAAAAUAAUGCCUCGUAGAUUUUUGCAUUUCCAUUACUAACUUCACUCAGUUGGCAGACCCAGGAUGAAUGGUUAACUCUUUGGUCAUGCCUUUAUUUCCCUCAUGGCUCAUUUCCCAAACUGUGUCUUGUAGGCAAUGCCUUGCCAAGCUGUAAGGCAGUGAAGAAGGUGAUGGGACAUUUUCAGUAACUGAACUGUAAUAUUGAUUUAUACCGACGGAACCAGUGGUGUCUGGAUACUGACAAAGGGGAGCUUAGUACUAGUGGUGCCUUCAAUUCUCCAGAAAGGAAUUGCUGGUGGUUUUUCUGAGGUGUUGGGGAAAGAGGGAAUUCUUGCUGGAUUUCAGGCCAAUAAAUAAAGUAAUUAAAAUUUUAAUUCAUUUUUAAUUUGGACGUUUCUACUAAAGGCCUUAGAUUUGGAAAUUACUUAUACUGCAUGUUUGUUGACUGUAGUUGUUUUAAAAUGUCAGAUGAAAAACCACAUCCAUGCUCUUUAAAAAAAAUCCCUAAGAUUUAUAUGUGUUCUUAUUUAGGCUUCUGGAAGGAAGAGCAACUAUUUUAGAAAUCUGUGUGUUCUGGCCAGUGCCACGUUUCAAUAGGCUAAUCCUCCGACUGCGGCGCUGGCACCCCGAGUUCUAGUCCUGGUCGGGGCGCCAGAUUCUGUCCCGGUUGCUCCUCUUCCAGUCCAGCUCUCUGCUGUGGCCCGGGAGUGCAGUGGAGGAUGGCCCAAGUGCUUGGGCCCUGCACCCGCUUGGGAGACCAGGAGAGGCACCAGGCUCCUGGCUUCAGAUCAGCGCAGUGCGCUGGCCGCAGCAGCCAUUGUGGGGUGAACCAAUGGAAAAGGAAGACCUUUCUCUCUCUCUCACUGUCUAACUCUGCCUGUCAAAAAAAAAAAAAAAAAAAAAAAAGAAAGAAAGAAAAGAAAUCUGUGUGUUCUGAAAUCUGUGUGUAAAACCCUAAUCUCAUUUUGCAUUGAUAUUAAAACAUUUUAACAGUGGUAGCUGGCUGAUUACUUGAUUAAUUAUGCUCUCAGGGGCCCAUAAGCAGCUGUUGUGGGCCUUUGUUCAAAAGCACAGCAAAGAGCAGAAGGCAAUGUCUUAGAAAGAACUAAAGCUGACAAAAAUUAACAAAGAUUGGGAAAGAGAAAAGAGACCUGGUAUAAAGUGGAUUAUAUUUUACUUUGGAGCCUAGACUACUAGAAGAACCUUACUGUGCAUUUUCCCCUUUAUUUUUUAAGGACUGUCAUAGAUACAUCUCCCAAUUUACAGUCUUUCUGUGGCAAGUGUUCUUUCAAAUUGUUACUGAAAUUCUUAUCUAUAUCUGUCACUUAUAAUUUUGAUACAAUGUGGAUCUUGUUUACUCCUGGUUAGUAGAAGCUGUGACUGAAGCCCAUUGAAAGCCAAAAUCAUUAUCUUCCUGUCCCAGGAAAGAUGUGAGCCAGCAAAUUUAGAUAGAGAACAGAUCUCCUUGAGAUUAUGACAUUAAAUUAGUUGGAAAGAUGAUGCCUACCACUAGAGGAGUUAAUGUUUCUGAAUUAGUGUGUUUGUUAGGGCUUUAAUAUUUUGUUUGAAGCGACUUUAUUAUAGAACAUCAGAUAAAUUCAUAUUCAAGAGUAGGUUAAAAAACCGUAUUUCAGGAAAAUUAUUUUUAUAUGAUCACUCCAUUGGAUUUUACAUGUUUCUGUUCCUUUUCAUCAGUGAACAUGAUUGGGAGCUGACUACAUUUGGUUCCCACCUGGAAGGCCUAGCAUAAACAGUAAGAAUUGUUCAAGGGGAUCAUAUUCCCCCUGAUGCUUAUCCUCUACCCCGGCAGAUUUCAAGAAAAAUUGUAGCUAUGUCUUCUAAAAUUUGGCUGUUUUAAGCAAAUGAGGCAUUAUUUGUAGGGUAAACUACUUGCACAAUUCUUUGGACCUGGGACAUUUCUGAAAUGUGAGUUCCAAUAAAACAAAUCUUUAAAUAAACCUGAGUGUGUACCAGACUCACCUGCAGGGUCACAGAUUACUGGGCCCUACCGCUAGAGUUUUGGAUUCCACAGAUCUGGGUUAGGGACUGAUGAUUUGCAUUUCUAGUAAGUUCCCAGGUGAUGCUGUUGUUGCUGGACUGGGGACCAUAUUUUGACUUCAUUCAUUUCUUCUCUCCUAAUAUAAACAUUUAAUGAUAUAAAUUUGUCUAUAAACAUUUAAUUAUAUCUCACAAUUAAAAAUUUUUUCAUUUUAUUUGAAAAGCAGAAAGAGAGGGGGUGGGUAUCUUGCAUUAGCUGGUUCACUCUCUGAAUGUCUGCAAUAGCCAUGGAUGGGCCAAGCUAAAGCCAGGAGCCUAGAACUCAGUCUGGGGCACCCAUGUGGGUGGCAGGGACCUAAGAAUUUGAACCCUCAUCUGCUGCCUCUCAGGGUACACAUUAACAGGAAGCUGGAAUUGGAAGUGGAACUCAGCUUUGAACACGGCAUUCCAAUAUGGGAUGAGGGUGUCCCAAGUUGCAUCUUAACUGUUGUGCCAAAUGCCCACCUCAGUACCUUUUUUCUUUUUUUUUUACAAAAUUAUAUUUGUAAACAUAUAACAGGCUCCAAGAUAAUAUUUCAUUCAUUCUAGAUGUUAUGACAGAGAAUCUAGAUGUUUGAUUAGGAAUGGAAUCAAGUGUUGCCAUCAUUUGAAACACAGGGAACAGCUUACCAUUUUGCCAGAUUCUUUAAUUCUACAAGUGGCCAGGAGAGCAUUCCCUAGCUCCUUGAGUUUCUUCUGCUCCUCUUUUUUUUUUUUUUUUUUUUUUGGCUUGAAAGCUUGAGCUUGAUUUUCCUCAUCCAUCGGCUUAGUCUGCUUCUUGGGCUGUUUCAGGGACUUCUUGCCACCUUAAUAGCCAGACACGGUAUGUGCUGCAUACCUCACAAAUUUUAGCAUAUUGCGUUUUCAUUUUCACUGGGAUCAAAAUACUUUCUUAUUUCCUCUUUUUGACCCAGGGUUAUUUAGAAGUGUAUCAUUUAAACUCCAAAUAUUUAUAGGAUUUUCCAGAUUUCUUUCUGCUAUUGCUUUCUCAUUCUAUUGUGGUCAGAGAAUAUACUUUGUGUGAUUUGAAUCCUUUUAAAUUUAUUGAGGUUUGUUUUAUGGUCCAGAAUAUAGUCCCUCCUGGUAAAUCUUCUGUGGGUGCUUGAAAAGUGUAUGUAUCCUGCUGUUGUUGGGUGGAGUGUUCUGUAAAUGUCAAUUAGGUUAAGUGGAUUGAUAGUGUUGUUCAAGUCAUCUGUUUACUGAUUUCCUAUCUGCUUGUUCUAUCUGUUAUUGGGAGAGGGAUGUUGAAAUCUCAGACUAAAAUUUUGCAUUUGUUUGUUUAUCCUUUCAGAUCUAUCAGUCUUUGCUUCAUAUAUUUUGAAGCUCUGUUGGGUAUAUAAACUUUUAGGAUUGUUCUCUUGAUGAUUUGAUUCUUUGUCAUUAUAAAGCAUUCCCCCUUUAUCCCUGUCAAUAUUCUUUGUUCUGAAGUCUACUUUGGCUAAUGUUAAUAUAAAUAUUUUAGCUUUCUUUUGAAUAAUAUUAACAUGGAAUAUCUUUUUCCAUUCUUUUAAUUUAAUGUGAUUGUUUUUUCUAAAAAACAAAACAAAACAAAACAAAACAUUGAUUUGAGAGACAGAGCUGUCAUUUGCUGGUUCAUUUCCCAGAUGCCCAAAGCCAGGUGCUAGGAAUUCAGUCCAAGUCUCCCAUGUGAAUGGUAGGAACCCAAUUACUUAAACCAUCACUGCUGCCUCCUAGGAUCUGUGUUAGUGGGAGGUUUGAGUCAGGAGCUACAGCUGGCAAUUGAAACCUGUUACUCUGAUAUGGGAUAUGGGCAUCUUUUUUUUUUUUUAUUUAUUUGACAGAUAGAGUUAGACAGUGAGAGAGAGAGACAGAGAGAAAGGUCUGCCUUCCGUUGGUUCACCCCCCAGAUGGCCGUCACAGCCGGAGCUACACCCAUCCGAAGCCAGGAGCCAGGUGCUUCUUCCUGGUCUCCGAUGCAGGUGCAGGCACCCAAGCACUUGGGCCAUCCUCCACUGCCUUCCCGGGCCACAGCAGAGAGCUGGACUGGAAGAGGAGCAACCGGGACAGAACCCGGUGGAGAUAUGGGCUUCUUAACUGCUAGGCCAAAUGCCUACCCCAUGAUUGGUUUUAAAUCUCCCAUCUUGCUCUUUGCCUUCUAUUUUAAGUUUCAAAUUUUAAUUUUAUUUUAAAAAGACAGUAAAGAUAAUUUACAUAAUAUGUUCCAAGAGGUAACUAGUUUAUAAAGUAUCUUAAACAAAAAUGUGUAUAAUAUAUUCAGCAAAAGUAUAUAUAAUUCAGCAAUUAUAGACUGUUUUUUAUAGACCAUGUACUUGAAGUUUUUCAGUAGUUCCUGAAAAUUUGGUCAUGGGAGUUGAAUAUAAGGGAAAUAUGCUUAUAGGUUGCUUUUUAUUUAUACAGAAUGGAAAAAUAAAAUGGGUUUUUGACAGUCCUUAAUGAGCUUCAAGUGACUUUUUAAUUUUCAAACUCAAAUAUUCUUUCAUAAAAUUGCUAUUAUCAGAGGCAGGCAUUGUGGAAUGGUGAGUUAAGCCACUGCUUGGGACACCUGCCUCCUGUAUGAGUGCCAGUUCAAGCUCCAGCUGUUUUGUUUCUCAUCUAGCUCCCCAGUAAUGUGUCAGGAAGGCAGCAGAAGAUUGCCCAAUGCUUGGGCCCCUGGCACUCAUGUGGAGGACCAAGAUGGAGUUCCUGGCCCCUAGCUUUGGCCUGGCCCAAAUCCAACUGUGGCAUUUGGGGAUUGAACCAGUGGAUAGAAAUCUCUGCCUCUCCUCUCAGUAGCUCUGCCUUCAGAGUAAAAUUAAAUAAAUAUUGCUAUUACUGAAAGACUAUUUUAAGUACCUAACUGUAUAUUGUAUCUGAGAUUACUUAUGAGAGGAGAUUUUAAAGAUAGUACAGCUAGUUAAGCUACUGCUUGCGAUGCCUGCAUCCCAUAUCAGGGUGCUGGUUUGAGUCCUGGCUACUUUGCUUCCAAUCCAGCUUCUUGCUAAUGUACCUGGGAGGCAGCAGAAGAUGGCCCAAGUUCUUGGGUUCCUGCCACCCACAGGAGAGAUGCAGAUGGAGUUCCUGACUCCUGGCUUUAGCCUGGCCCAGCCCCAGCUAUUGUAGGCAUUUGGAGAGUGAACCAGCAGAUGGAAGAUAAUUUCUCCUUCUCUGUCCUUCUGCCUUUCAAAUAAAUAAAUCUUUUUAAAUAAAUAAAGAUAUAAUACAAUAUAAAAGAUAUAAUCACCAUUCAGAAUAUUUAAAUGCUGGAGCAGCUGGGACUCGAACUGGCACCCAUAUGGGAUGCUGGCACUGUAGGCAGUGGCUUUACCCGCUACACUGCAGCACCAGCCCUGCUAUUGGUUUUCUAUAUGUCUUUUAUCUCAAUUACUGCCUUCUUUUAUAUUAAUUAGGUUAUUUUCUAGUAUACCUGUAUCAGGGAUUCCCAAGACCACCUCCAAAAUUUCUAGGACUCCAGAGUCAUUAACUUUGGUGUUACGGUUUAUUUCAGCCAAAGGAUGCUAACCAAAAGCAGCAAAAGGAAUUGACACGUGGAGCAGUGUCUGGAGGCAAACAGAUACAAGUGUGCAAGACUCCUUUUCUAGUGGAACUGCAUAGGAUGCAUUUGAUUCCUCUGUUGAUUAGCAACACAUGUAAACUGUGGUCUACUAGGGAGCUCACUGGAUUCUAAGAUUCCAGAGUUCAUUGCAGUUUGAUCACAAAGGGACAUGGUGCCUGCAUGGUUGAUUGCAGUUACCAAAACAGACCACCAGAAGAAAAGCAGGUGUUCUCCAUAAGUCACAUUGUCUAUGAAGACUAGACAAAUUAGUACCAGGUGGUUCAAAAUUCCAAGUCUACAAAGCAACCUUACCAGGACAUUUUAAGAUUUCAAUUCCCAGUAGAUAGACAAGUGCCAUUCAUUGAAACAGACCCUCUGAGAAUAAGCAAGGUGUGAGUAGCUCAGAUCUGAUGAGUCAGCUCUUUCCUGCAUAGUCUAUCCUCCUGGCCCUUGACCUAGGCUGUCUUAAAGGAAAACUAUAUUUUUCUGAGUACCUGCAUUUAGUAUAGCACUUAUAUUACAGCUAUAGUAAAAAUAUCUGUGUCCUACAUUUCAAGGAUUCAGUGCAAGAUGGAGAUAGACUAGAAGAGGCAAUUAGCCCAUCCUAUAAAACUAUUAUAUACAUCUCCAUUAUUUCAUAUUAAUUUGAUUGUUUCUUCCAUUGGUCUGCUAUCAUGUAUACUUUAUGAUAAAUAGGACCAUUUAGCAUAUUGAUUAGCUGAUGUUUAACUAGAUAUAAUUCUUCCUCAAGCCAAUCAAUUUCCAUUGAUCUCACAUCCUGAGAAAGUUUAAAUUUCUCAAUGCAUAUAAUUAUCAAUAUCUGUAUUAUGACUUAUUCUUUAAAAUAUUUAUUUAUUUACUUGAAAGAGUUACAGAGAGGCAGAGAGAGAGAGAGAGAGAGAGAGAGAGAGAGGUCUUCUAUCAGCUGGUUCACUCCCCAAUUGGCCGCAAUGGCUGGAGCUGCACCUAUCCGAAACCAGGAACCAAGAGCUUCUUCUGGGUCUCACACAUGGGUUUAGGGGCCCAAGGACUUGGGCCAUCUUCUGCUGCUCUCCCAGGCCACAGCAGAGAGCUGGAUUGGAAGUGGAACAGCCGAGACUCGAACCGGUGAUCAUAUGGGAUGCUGGCACCGCAGGCGGCAGCUUUACCCACUAUGCCACAGCACCAGCCCCAUGACUUAUUUAUGAAAGGCAAUUGAAUUUUACUAGCAAUGCUAACAUUACACCAUAUUUGCACAAUAGUUAUUGUGCAACUCUGUUUCAUUCCACAAGUCAGUAAGAAUUAGCUAUUUAUUAUACUCUCCCAACAUAAUUGGCCCUUGACCACAUACCAAUGUUCUGAUACACAGAUGUCAUGAUUGACCAGGUUUUGGUUAUUUCCAGUUUCUGAGUCAGAUUAUGUCCUUGUAUUAGUCUGCUAGAGCUGUCACAAUGAAAUACAGACUGGCUGUAACAACAGAAAUUUGUUUUCUCACAGUUCUGGAUGCUAGAAGUCCUAGAUCAAGGCGUUGGCAGGUUUGAUUUCUAAAGCGUCUCUGGCUUUUAGAAAUGGCUACUUUCUUGCUGUGUCCUUAUGUGGUAUUUCCUUUGUACGUGUGCCCCUAGUGUAUUUUUGUGUGUCCAUGUUUUCUCUUCUAAGGACACCAGUCAGAUUAGAUUAGGGCCCAUCUAGUGCCCUCACUUUAACUUCUUCUUCUUUUUUUUAAAGAUUUAUUUAUUUAUUUGAAAGUCAGAGUUACACAGAGAGGAGAGGCAGAGAGAGAGAGGUCUUCCAUCCGAUGGUUCACUCCCCAAUUGGCCUCAACGUCCGAAGCAGCACUGAUCUGAAGCCAGGAGCCAGGAGCUUCUUCUGGGUCUCCCACGCGGGUGCAGGGGCCCAAGGACUUGGGCCAUCUUCCACUGCUUUCCCAGGCCAUAGCAGAGAGCUGGAUGGGAAGAGGAGCAGCCGGGACUAGAACUGGUGCCCAUAUGGGAUACCAGCGCUUCAGGCCAGGGUGUUAACCCGCUGUGCCACAGUGCUAACCCGCUGCACCACAGCGCUGGCUCCCUACUUUAACUUCUAGAGGCCCAAUCUCCAAAUACACUCACAUUCUAAGGCUCUGGGUGUUAGCACUUCAAGAUGAAUUUGAGGAGGACACAAUCAGCUUAUAGCAUGUGGAGACAAAGCUAGCUGUCUCAAUUCACAUGAUUUUUACUGACACCGACUCCCCUUGUGUGUCAUUCUAUAGUAGAUCUCAGCUGUUUUUUAAGGUAAGUAUAAGGAUGUCAUUCAGACUGGUUCCUAUUCCUGCUAAUUGUAGUACAGGGUGCAACUUAUUUUGGUCCAUUUGUGGGGUGAGGCCUGACAGCGUACAUCAAUGUAAGCUAUUCUUGCCUCCAGAGAACUUAGAAGUUUGAAAGUCCAUAAGAUUUCCAGAAGUGUUGAUGAAGGGUCAUUGCCUAGGAUGUAGCAUCAUUGUGCAAUUGCAGUGUCAGGCUUUAUCUUUUUUAAAAGAGCUAUUUAUUUAUUUGAAAGGCAGAGUUAGAGAAAGAAAGGGGGAGUGAAAGAGGGAGGGAGGAAGAGAGAGAGAAAGAUCAAUCUUCCAUCUGCUGGUUCAUUCCCCCAAAAGGCUGCAAUGGCCAGGGCUGGGCCAGAUCAAAGCCAGGAUCUAGGAGCUUCCUCUGAGUCUCCCAUGUGGGUGGCAGGGACCAAGCACUUGGGCCAUCUUCUGCUGUUUUCCAGGUGCAUUAUUAGGGAGCUGCAUUGGCUGGAAUCAAAGUGGCAUUUUAUGGGAUGCUGGCAUUGCAAGUGAUAGAUUAACCCGCUAUGCCACAACACUGGUCCCAGGCUCUAUCUGUUUUAAAAUAGUAUAGCGACUCUACUGGGCCAGAGUACAGACCCUUUAUCAGCAACAAGUCCUAGCAUAGAAUCUACCAGACCCAGGUCCCUAAAGCCUCACCAGCUUUGCAGGCUGAUUCCUACCCUUUUGCUUUCUUCUGGAAGAGUAUCUUUUUUUACUGGCCUAUUCUACCUAACAUCGUUUUCUUCUGAAUGCUGCUCAUUCAAAGAGAAUUCACUUUGUCCUUUGAUACUUCAACUGACAUUAAUCUUUCCCAUAGCUCUCUUCUGUCUUGUGGACCAGCAUUUAAUCCACCAGUCAUAUUGUUGCCAUUGUGAACCAGUUGCUUGAGUGCAGUUAAGAUACAUGGUUUGGGGCUGGCACCACGGCUCACUUGGCUAAUCCUCCGCCUGUGGCGCCAGCACCCUGGGUUCUAGUCCCCCUUGGGGCACCGGAUUCUGUCCCGGUUGCUCCUCUUCCAGUCCAGCUCUCUGCUGUGGCCUGGGAAGGCAGUGGAGGAUGGCCCAAGUGCUUGGGCCCUGCACUCACAUGGGAGACCAGGAGGAGGCACCUGGCUCCUGGUUUCAGAUUGGCACAGCGCGCCGGCCGUAGUGACCAUUUGGAGGGUGAACCAACGGAAAAGGAAGACCUUUGUCUCUCUCUCUCUCUCUGUCUAACUCUGCCUGUCCAAAAGAAAUAAAAGGUACAUGGUUUGUAUCCAAAAAUGAUGAGUCCCAAUACUAAGGUUAUAUUUGCAUGGAUAGUAGCCACAUUUAGGUAUGGUUUGCUUUGAGUGUGCCAUAAAGUCCUCCCCAUGCCUUCCUUGUCUCAAGGUGAAGUCAUUUCCCAUAGAAUUGGAGCCCAUCAUGUGACAUCUACUGCCUUAUUUCCAUCAGAAACUCUUUGUUUCUAUUUUAUUUAUUAUCCUUAAAGCCACAGAAACACGGAUGAUUUGUAUUUAUACAUAACACACUUUGCCAUAACAAGCAUGCAGCUGCUACAUUCUGUUCAUAAUAGUCAAGGUAUCUGGUGAUCAAAGUUUACAGAUUAUCUAGUGAACAGUCUGGCAGUUGCACACUGCAUAGUUUAAUGAUUCACCAAGGGAUACUUCCUGGAAGCUUCUUCCCAAAUGAUAUCCUGUAUGGUAGACGUAGCCUAAAAUUUAAGAAUCAAAAGAUACUGGUGAUUUACUUGUGCUCCAUUUGAUUUUCAACAAUUAAUUCUGUUCAUCAUUGUAGUGUAUGACCAGAAUAUCUCACAGCAUGAUACCACUCAGGCUUGCAGGUUUCCGUUUGACCUUGUCAAAGUCCAAAAAUUGGGGUAUUCUAGGCAAACAUACAACUUCACCCUCUUGGGCAUCUGGUAUACUUGUGCUAAGAUAGAGUAUUAUUCUCUUCCUGUUAGUCUUUUUUUUAAAAAAAGAUUUAUUUGAAAGUCAGAAUUAAAGACAGAGGGGAGAUCUUCAUUCACUUGUUCACUGUCCAAAUGGCCCCAACAGCCAGGACUUGGCUAGGUUGAAGCCAGAAGCCAGGAACUCCAUCUGGGUCUCCCAAGAGGGUGACAGAGGCCCAAGCACUUGGGCCAUCUUGCAAUGUUUCCCAGGAACAUUAGCAGGAAGCUCGAUUGGAAGUAGAGCCGCCAGGACUUGAACUGGCACUCGGAUGUGAGAUGCUGGCAUUUCAAAGAGUGGCUUAACCCACUGUUCUGCAGUGCCGGUUCCUGUUGUGAACCUUUCUUGAGAAACCAAUGUAAUGUUGGAUUUCCAGCACUGAAUCCAUUCUUUUACUUCCAGCCACUACUUUUCUUUCUUUCCAUUUGUUAAUGAUUUUAACCUAGACAUUUUCACCUUUGAAAGGAAUGUCAGACUCAAUGACAGUGCUUUCCCUUCAGUCCAUUUCCACCUGUAUAGAGUUACACAAAUAUAGAACUAGUGGCCUAUCUUGGCCACUACUAAGCGAGACAGUUGCAUUCAUUGUUAAUCUCAGUGUUUCAAGAUGAGUGAAAGUGUAAUCCAUCCCCAAAAGUUCUUAGGAAUUCUGGCAUAAAGUUUGAAAUAUAAAAUUACAGUUGUCCUUUGUCAUCUAUGGGGAAUAAGUUCCAAGAUGCCCAGUGGAUGUCUGAGACUGCAGAUAGUACCGUACCAUAAAUUUAAUGCCUUUUUCAUCCCGACUAAGCACCUAUUAUGGACUAUGGCUGUGAUCUUUGUAGUUUGAGAUGCAACAGAUAAACCUGCAUGAAUUUCUUUUUCCCUCCUGACAAUAUCAUGGAUAGAAGAUUUGUUCUUACUAUGGAUCUUAGCAAUCUCAGCAUACAGCUUUUUUUUUAUUACUUAGUUAAGAACUUUUACUUUUUCAUUUUAAGGAAGCAUUUGGCAGCUUAUCUUUGGCAUAUCCAAAUUUCCAGGUCAUUAUUCUUGCAUUUUGGGGCCAUUAUUAAACAAAACAGUGGAUGCUUGAGCACAGGCAUAGCAGUCAAUCUAAUAACUGAGAUAGAUAGAUUUUCUAAGUGACUAAUAGGCAGGUAGCAUAUGCAGCAUGGACACACUGGACAAUAGGAUGACUCAGGCAGGAUGGAGCAGGACAGUGUUGGAUUUCAUCACAUGCGUAUAACAGCAGGGAAGUUAAAACUCAUUAAUUAUUUUUGGAAUUUUCCAUGUAAUAUUUUCAGAUGCUAGUUGAUCAUGGAUAACUGAAACCACAGAAAGCUAAACUGCAUAUAAUUGGGGAACUACUGUACAAUUUCUUAAUUAAAUAUUAUCAUGGCUCUGGCAAGUAGAAUUUUAGCCCUGGUCCCAAAACCACUGUAUCAGGUAGGAGAAAAAGAAAGUUGAGGUGAUGUGGGGAAUAAUUGUAUGGUUAUAACAGUAUCAUACCCACACUUAUCAUCCUAAGUCCUCCAAAAAGUAGAGAAAUCUACAUUUCUUUCAUCUCUCUCUUGUUAGUAUGAGCACAUAUUCUUUAUAUAAGUAGGAUUUCAUACCUUUGUCUCCAACCAAAUAUUGAGAUAGCAUUCACAUAUAAUAAAAAUAACUAAAGUUUUUGAUUCAGUGAUUUUUAAUAUAUUCACAAAGUUGAGCAACCACCACAAUCUUAUGCGAAAAUAUUUUCAGCAAACCAACAAGAAACCCUGUACUCAUUAGUAGUCACUUCCCAUUCCCCAUCCCCCAUUCCCUGGCAACCACCAAUAUACUUUCUUGCCCUAUGGAUUUGUCUAUUCUGAACAUUAGAUAUAAAUGGAAUAAUCUGUGAUCUGUUUCAAGUUCAUUUUUAUGCAUGGUAUAAAGAAGGAAUUUGCAUAUGUGUAUCUGGUAAUCUAAGCAUUAUUUGUUGAAAAGAGCUGUCAUUGCCCCAUUGAAUUGUCUUGGCAUCCUUGUUAAGAAUCAGUUGACCAUAAAUUAAGGGUUUAUUUCUGGACUCACAAUUUUAUUCCAGUACCCUAUGUGUCUGUCCUUAUGCCAGUUUUGAUUACUGUAGCUCUGUAGUAGUGUUGACAUCAGAAAGUAUGAGUCCUCCUACUUUAUUAUUCUUUCUCGAGAUUUUUUGGCUAUUUGUGGGUGGGGGGAGUCUUGCAAAUCAUUAUGAAUUUUAGGACCAGCUUUUCCAUGUCUAAAAAAAUAAGCCAUUGAGAUUUUUGACUGGGACUAUACUGAAUCUGUUGAUCAUUUCGAGUAGUAUUUUUUUUUUUUUUGACAGGCAGAGUGGACAGUGAGAGAGAGAGACAGAGAGAAAGGUCUUCCUUUUGCCGUUGGUUCACCCUCCAAUGGCCGCUGCAGCCAGCGCACCGUGCUGAUCCGAUGGCAGGAGCCAGGUGCUUCUCCUGGUCUCCCAUGGGGUGCAGGGACCCAAGUACUUGGGCCAUCCUCCACUGCACUCCCUGGCCACAGCAGAGAGCUGGCCUGGAAGAGGGGCAACCGGGACAGAAUCCGGCGCCCCGACCGGGACUAGAACCCGGUGUGCCGGCGCCGCUAGGCGGAGGAUUAGCCUAGUGAGCCGCAGCGCUGGCC